AUGGUCUACUACGAACCCGGCAAAACACCUCAUGGCCUGCCUCGAGAUCCCUUCAAGUCCUGCGUAACGCCCCGACCAAUAGGCUGGAUCUCAACAAAAUCCAAGAACGGCAUCGACAACCUCGCCCCCUACUCCCAAUUCAACAACCUCACCUUCGACCCUCCCUACGUAAUGUUCAGCAGCAACCAAGACCUGCACGAAAACCGCAAAGACACCGUCGCGAAUGUAGAAGCCACGCACGAAUUCUGCUGGAACAUGGCCACCUACGACCUCCGCAACGCCGUCAACGCCACAGCCGAAUGGUUCACCUCCGACGUCGACGAGUUCGUCCGCGCCGGCGUCGAGAAGGAGCCCGCUAAACAGGUUAACGUCAACAUGGUGAAAGCUAGUCCGAUCAAGUUUGAGUGUCAGUACUAUACCACGCUGCGCCUGCCCGGGAACCCGCCGAUGGGGACGUGUGAUGUUAUUGUGGGGAGGGUGGUGGGGGUGCAUAUUAGUGAAGAUGUGUUGACGGAGGGGAUGAUUGAUCUGGGGAAGGCGAUGCCGAUUGCGAGGUGUGGGUACCAUCAGUAUACGGUUGUGAGGAAGGAGAGUUUGUUUGAGAUGAUGAUUCCUGGGGAUCCGAAGCAGUUGGUUGGGCUUGAGGGGGAUGCGGAGGGGCAGAAGGAUGAGGAGUUGAAGGGGGUGAAGGCGACGGGGACAAAGGAUUGA